AUGAAAUAUAUUGCAACUUGGUGCCCUGGAAAUAAACCAAAUAUCCUACCAUCAAUUUAUAGAUGGCCAAUCACUAAGGGAAAACUUAAAUUUGAUAAACAUUGUACUAUUUACGAUUCUCUUAAUCUUGAUGCUAAAGCACUAAUUGGCGUUUCAGAUACGAAUCAAAUUAUCUUACGGGUUGAAGGAGGUCAUUCUGCUAAAGAUUCUUAUAACUUUGAAAUUAUUGAUAUUGUAAACAAUGAAAGACAAAAAUUGAAUGCUCAAGGUCUAAAAGGAAAAGUCGUAAAACAUUCAGGCUAUUUUGAUAACUCUUACAUAGGAGAAACAAAGAUUAGAACAGGCCAUGGUGAUGACUUUAAAAAGCCUGUACAAAUAUCUAUUUAUUCAGUAAAAGAUGGCAGACUGAUAGAAAAAUCAAUUGAUUAUCUUAAUGAUCCUUGGAACCAAGGUCUUUUACUUUUGGAUAAUAUGCGCUUUAUUGGGUCAAAAAAUGAAGAACGAAUACUGUUUUCUUUCUACAUACAUGGAACUGAUCAGAGGAAAUUUUCUAUAAUGAAUCCACACAAUCUUACCAAACCUAUAGAUGCAGAUGAGCUAUUUAAAUCUGAAAUAGAAAACUAUAAUAGGAAGAAAACUGUCAAAUUAAUGAUUCCCGCACUAAAUUUCGCCACAUAUCCCGAAGUUUAUUCUCCAUUUAAAGAAUUGAUUUUCCUGCCAAAGAUUCCUUUCAAUAUUUUACAUACUUCCAAUUAUUAUAAAUGGUGGAAUGUCAAAGCUUUAAUUAAUUUUAAGUGGAACAAAUAUGGAAAAUAUUAUUAUUACAUGAUAUGGGCUAUUUAUUCAAUUUUUAUGUGCUGCUUUGCUAUAGUGGCAACAAUUUCACAAAAUGAAAUUUCUUCAAGUGAUCAAGUAAUUCUCUUAAAUUUUACAAUAUUUCUUGGAAUCUUUUUUAUUAUUAUUGAGAUUAGACAAUUUUUAUACGAUCCAAAAAGAUAUAUGACGGAUUUUUUGAAUUUAUUUGAUAUUGUGGCAUUAUCAUUACCAAUAAUAAUUUCAAUAAUUUGGUUAUAUGAAAAAACAUUAUCAGUUUGGAUUAUUACAAUAUCAACUCUGUUACUUGAGAUUAAAUUUUUAUUUUUUUUUCUUUUAUUGGGUAUUAUAGUUUUUGCUUUUGCACAUUCUUUGCACCUUUUGUUAAGACCGACAACAGAAUAUUCGUAUGAUCAACCAAGCUAUAAUAAUGAUAUUAAUAAUCCAUGGAAUCUUGUAACAAGAUAUAAAUCAAUUUCACCUGAUGGUGUUAUUGCUACAAUUGAAGAACUUCAAAAAUGUAUUCGAAAAUAUCGAAGUGAACAUUUUGAAGAAUCAUCUAAACCAUUUAUAUUUCCACAUAUUUAUAAAAUUACAGAAUUAGAUGCAAAAACAGUUAAUGAAAAACUUAAUGAUCUUGAUGAAAGGCUUAAAGAUCUUGAUAUAAAACUUAAUAAUCUUAUUGUGACACAUUGA